CUCAAAGUGCUGACAAAAGUCACCAACAGAUCUGACUAAGUGUAGCUGCUCUGCACUUAACAACUUAAACCAGCCAAACCCUUCUAAGAUGAAGAUGCUCAGUGUUGCAGUUGCAGUAGUCGUCCUGCUCGCCUUCAUGAGCUCUGCUGUCCCAGUCACUGAAGUAUUAACAGAUCCAGAGGAGCCAAUGAGCUAUGAAUAUGAAGAGACAUCAGCGGAAACAUGGAUGAUGCCAUUUAAUAUCAGAGGGGAGCAACAGAGUGGUGCCAUUAAAUGCCAUUUUUGCUGCAGCUGCUGUGCCUUCGGUGUUUGUGGCAUUUGCUGCAAGUGACAUUUCUUGGACCAGCAUGGGAUUCAAGGAACAGCCACUGAAAAUAAACUUGUUUUAUUUAUUUAUUUUACCAACUUAAAAAACCUAAUAAUGAUGUGCUCUGUGACGUGACUGCAUCAUCAACACAUUGUAUUUAAUACUGUACUGUACUGUACUGUACUUGGUGGCAUGGUGUUGUAGUGGUUAGCACUGUGGCCUCAGAGCAAGAGGGUUCCUAGUUCGGUCCCAGGAGGGAGCCCUUCUGUGCGGAGUUUGCAUAUUGUCAGCAUUGGUUUUCUGCUGGUACUCCGGCUUCCUCCCUACAGUCUAAAGACAUGCAGGAUGGGGAUAGGUUAAUUGGUGACUAUAAAUUGGCUGUAGGUGUGAAUGUGAGUGUGAAUGGUUGUCUGUCUCUAUGUGUUGGCCCUGCGAUAGUCUGGCGACCUGUCCAGGGUGUACCCCACCUCUCGCCCAAUGUCAGCUGGGAUAGGCUCCAGCCCUCCUGUGACCCAAGAGGAUAAGCGGUUAAGAAAAUGGAAGGAUGGA